GAAAAGAAAAGGAAUUAUCAAAACAGUGGCGAGCAAAGACUAACAUUACAGCAGCUAGGAUGAAAAGUGGAAGCCGUUAUGGUAAGAAGUCGUAACGGAAAGUAAAUAAGAGCUGGAUAUCUUCAAGGUAACUCAAAAACCUCUACAUUGCAAUAAUCAUGAAGAUUAACCUUCGAUGGACUGUGUUUAUUCUGCUAAUGACAUUCACUGCAAUAUUUCUAUAUCAAUCAGUGCAAAGAAUUUUAGUUCAGCUACAGAUUGUUUCGAACUUCAAUCAUAAAAUCAAAAGAACCGUCAAGAAAGAUAUAGAUAAACGUCAUGUGAACGAGACUUUGAAAACCAGUAGUUAUCAAAUCCCAACAACGAAGUCAAUUAACAUCUACGAAUACAUUGAAGAAAACCCCGCGGACAUCGGAACGAUACAAUAUGAAAUGGCCAGAUUCAGGCGUUUUCUAGCAACACAAGAAGCGGUCUGUGAAGAUAUCAGGAGAAUAGGUGGUGAACAAUCAGAGACAUGGCUUGCCCCUCGUCCUUUUGGAGCUGAUGGUGCAUGGGAUGUAUGCUUUGACGCAAAUGUUGGAUUAACACCGGGUUCGUGCAUUGUGUAUUCCUUUGGGAUUGGUCGAGAUUUUUCUUUUGAUGACGGCAUGGCAAGUCAUGGGUGUCACGUGUUUUCGUUCGAUCCUACCAUUGGUCAACAGAAUCACAAACGUCCAAGUGGAGUAGAAUUCUUUAGUAUCGGUUUGUCUGACUUUGAUCAAGAAGGAAGUGGGAAUAUCAGUAAGAAAUUGCCAAAAUCCCAGUGGAAAACAAGAACAUUAGCUUCUGUCAUCAAUGAACUCGGUCAUGAAAAGGCAUAA